AGCCCAGCAAACAGCAGCACGCUGCUGAAAAAAAGACUCAGAGGAGAGAGAUAAGGAAGGAAAGUAGUGAUGGAUCUCAUCCCAAACUUGGCCGUGGAAACCUGGCUUCUCCUGGCUGUCAGCCUGAUACUCCUCUAUCUAUAUGGAACCCGUACACAUGGACUUUUUAAGAAGCUUGGAAUUCCAGGGCCCACACCUCUGCCUUUUUUGGGAAAUGCUUUGUCCUUCCGUAAGGGCUAUUGGACGUUUGACAUGGAAUGUUAUAAAAAGUAUAGAAAAGUCUGGGGUAUUUAUGACUGUCAACAGCCUAUGCUGGCUAUCACAGAUCCCGACAUGAUCAAAACAGUGCUAGUGAAAGAAUGUUAUUCUGUCUUCACAAACCGGAGGCCUUUCGGGCCAGUGGGAUUUAUGAAAAAUGCCAUCUCUAUAGCUGAGGAUGAAGAAUGGAAGAGAAUACGAUCAUUGCUGUCUCCAACCUUCACCAGCGGAAAACUCAAGGAGAUGGUCCCUAUCAUUGCCCAGUAUGGAGAUGUGUUGGUGAGAAAUCUGAGGCGGGAAGCAGAGACAGGCAAGCCUGUCACCUUGAAACACGUCUUUGGGGCCUACAGCAUGGAUGUGAUCACUAGCACAUCAUUUGGAGUGAACAUCGACUCUCUCAACAAUCCACAAGACCCCUUUGUGGAAAACACCAAGAAGCUUUUAAGAUUUAAUCCAUUAGAUCCAUUCGUUCUCUCAAUAAAAGUCUUUCCAUUCCUUACCCCAAUUCUUGAAGCAUUAAAUAUCACUGUGUUUCCAAGAAAAGUUAUAAGUUUUCUAACAAAAUCUGUAAAACAGAUAAAAGAAGGUCGCCUCAAAGAGACACAAAAGCACCGAGUGGAUUUCCUUCAGCUGAUGAUUGACUCACAGAAUUCAAAAGACUCUGAGACCCACAAAGCUCUGUCUGAUCUGGAGCUCAUGGCCCAAUCAAUUAUCUUUAUUUUUGCUGGCUAUGAAACCACGAGCAGUGUUCUCUCCUUCAUUAUAUAUGAACUGGCCACUCACCCUGAUGUCCAGCAGAAAGUGCAGAAGGAAAUUGAUACAGUUUUACCCAAUAAGGCACCACCCACCUAUGAUACUGUGCUACAGAUGGAGUAUCUUGACAUGGUGGUGAAUGAAACGCUCAGAUUAUUCCCAGUUGCUAUGAGACUUGAGAGGGUCUGCAAAAAAGAUGUUGAGAUCAAUGGGAUGUUCAUUCCCAAAGGGGUGGUGGUGAUGAUUCCAAGCUAUGUUCUUCAUCAUGACCCAAAGUACUGGACAGAGCCUGAGAAGUUCCUCCCUGAAAGGUUCAGUAAGAAGAACAAGGACAACAUAGAUCCUUACAUAUACACACCCUUUGGAAAUGGACCUAGAAACUGCAUUGGCAUGAGGUUUGCUCUCAUGAACAUGAAACUUGCUCUAAUCAGAGUCCUUCAGAACUUCUCCUUCAAACCUUGUAAAGAAACACAGAUCCCCCUGAAAUUACGCUUUGGAGGACUUCUUCUAACAGAAAAACCCAUUGUUCUAAUGGCUGAGUCAAGGGAUGAGACCGUGAGUGGAGCCUGAUUUCCCUAAGGACUUCUGCUUUGCUCUUCAAGAAAGCUGUGCCCCAGAACACCAGAGACCUCAAAUUACUUUGUAAAUAGAACCCUGAAAUGAAGAUGGGCUUCAUCCAAUGUACUGCAUAAAUAACCGGGGAUUCUGUACAUGCAUUGUGCUCUCUCAUGGUCUGUAUAGAGUGUUAUACUUGGUAGUAUAGAGGAGAUGACCAAAUCAGUGCUGGGGAAGUAGAUUUGGCUUCUCUGCUUCCAUGGGACUAUUUCCACCACCCCCAGUUAGCACCAUUAACUCCUCCUGAGCUC